AAGGAGUGGAGCAAUUCCUCCAUAUGGGUCAUCCUUACCAAAAUUCCUAUUGACGAGGUUAUAUGGAAAUUAGAAAAGGGGAAGAAAGAAAAAGAGCCUCAAGCCUUCAUUAGCAGCUGCCCGACCCACCCCGGUUGCAAACCUCUUCGCCGGCUACAACAUACCACGAGCGACGGCGGGCCUAAAUUCUUCUGGAUUUCGACAACCUCAUACCCUGUGAGCUCCUGUGUUGACGGCAGUACCCACGAAACCCAACCGAGGCUUAUAUGCUGUUGAGGCUUCGUUCAAGGUUUUGGAUUUUGGAUUGAGAACAAUAAAUUUUCCGUCCAGUGGUGUUGUCGAACUCUUGCUCUAAAAUGGUGAUCACUUCUACACUUGGCACUCCUCAUAUUGGUAUAAUUUGUCUUCCUCAGUCCAAGGAGCCAUACCACGUUCUACAGUACAACACAACAAGAUUAAAUAAAUCCAGUCUCUUUCAGAGACUGCACACAAGGAUUUCCAAAAGGAGUGGACAUCAUCUCUAUGCUGGGAGAAUGGGCUUUAACCAUGCUGCAUUGGAACAAAAUUAUCAGCAACCGAGCUUUAAUGAUGAAUUGCCUCCAGAACCUUUCUUCUUGAGUCUGAUUAAAGAAACCUUUUGGGGAUUGAGAUCAUUGUUAAUAUUUCUGGUCGAGCAGCCUAGUCAACUGAAGUACAUUGAAUGGCCUAGCUUCCAAAGCACGGUACGAAGGCAAGAUUAUUAUGUUAAAUAUUGCGCAUGUGCAUUGUCUUCUUGUAGUUCUGAAGACUGCCACAUUAGCUCUCGUUCUGGUUGCUCUGUUGAUCGUAGCGCUCUCGUCAGUGGACUCAGCGCUCAGCUAUGUUUUGACUUUAAUUCUCAGAAGAACCUUAUAAUAAAUGAUGCUACUCUUCUCCUAUUGGUCUAUCAGUAGGUCAGAAAUUUAACUUCUCUUUGCCAUUUUUAAAAUGAUUACUCAGAGUGAAAGUUCUUGGUAUGUUAAUGUAGUUGGAGAUGUUCUGAAAUAGGUAAUGCAUAACUCUUUGAAAUCGUGCAACUAGGAAAGUAGAGAAUGUCAUUUUCCACGUUUCUCACAUACGUAUACUUAUGACCAUCCCCAUAUGUAUAAAUAGGGUACAAUCAUAAGUAACAAUGAUACACUUCCCUUGUAA